AUGUCAGUGCCUUCUGCGCCUGGUUGGUUGCAAGACGCCCCGGCUGUUCAGAACUCUACGUUCGCUGGCCCUGAAGCCUCUUCUGUGACGGCAAUGCACUCUCCUUUCGAUCCUGGUGCGGCUGUGAUAACUCCGUCGACCAUAGAUCCCCAUCAGUUCCAGCAACAGGCCCAUCCGCGCGCUCAGAUUCAGAAUGGCAAUCCGCGAACCUCUUCUCCGGGAUUCCAGCAGUCAGCGUAUAAUGUUAAUCCCGUAGUCCCAUUAAAACGACCGAGACCUCGCGAAGACCCUAUCACUGUGUCUCCUCGUCAAACCACCGCAAAUCCCCCUACUUCGCGAUCGCAGACGCCUCAUGCUUCCGGUCCUCAGUUAGCCUAUCAAAUUUAUCAAAGCAAUGCGGGCGCCGCGCAGCAGCGACAAUACACCCCUGUCGGCUACUCGUCUCACUCGCAUCUCCAGCAUGUAGGGUCUGCUAAUGCGAGCCCUUCCCCUGUAAUGCAGAACCAAACCUACAACCAACCUCCACCCAAACGCGUCGCAACCCAAUCUCCAUCUCCCUUUUCACCCGCACCACCACAACAACCAUUCAUGCCCCAAGGCUCCCCACCGCCAAACCAAGUCUCGCGUGUCAGCACACCCCAAAACAGCAAUAUGAACCUGGCGCCACCCCCUCAAACCCCAUAUUCCCAAUCAUUUACCCAAGCGUUCUCCCCGCCUUCCACCGCUGCAUCCGCCCCGCCUACUCCUGUCCCGAACCAGCAGAUGCAAAACCCAGCACAAGCGCACAUGAUGUAUCAGCUUCGCACGCCUCCUCAUGUGGGACCAAAUUCUAUGAAUCCGGGUCAGAUUCCACGGCCCCAAGGGCAACAACCCCUUCAAGGCUCAGGGUCAAAUCCAAGUCAGCCGCAUAGUGACCCUAAUCAUUUCAUGAAGAGUCUAUACAAUUUCAUGAGCAAGAACGGCACACCUAUCCAGGGUCAGUCAUACAUUGGUGGGAGGGCAGUAAGCCUGGUAAACCUUUAUACGAACGUUUUGAAGUUGGGGGGUUCACAAAAGGUCACGAUGGAGAAUAAGUGGCACGCGGUGUCCAUGAGUCUCGGCUUUUCUCCCGAGUCGUUUCCCACUGCCGCGGACGAUUUAGUUCAAAUUUUCAAGUUGAACUUAUCUGCCUAUGAGCAGGCCUGGCUGCGGGAUCGGAGGGAUCCGAAGAAAGUGGCAAUAGCAAGGGGUCAGCAGUCCGGGCCAGAUAUGAGGCAGCAAAUGCAUCCUCAACAGCAAACAAAACCGAUGCCAAAUCCCCAACAGAUGCAGCAUACAAGGCCUCAAGGAAUGCCCAAACAACCUCAAACACCCGUGCCGAAUAAUCACGCGAGGUCAAAUCUUCACAACGGGUUUAUUCCCCAGCCUAGACAGCCUUCAAGACAACCUCCCCAAUACAGCCAACUCCCUAGUACUCCGAACCGCAUUUCUUUGGAUUCACCACCGCAAGGCCACAUUCCGCCAAAUUAUCCUUUGUCUGCCCCUCAAAUCCCCGUGAAACCUAGUGUUCUACCUGAUGCAAUCCCUUUCUCACAGCCACAAAAUAAUGCCUUGAAAGAGAUUCCAUCCGAUUUCAAGCCCAAAGUUCGAGGAUUGGAUACCCAUGGAGGGUUGAAUGUCUCUGUUUUGAGCCAAAUAGGAAAUGACUUUAUGUUUCACAAGCCUACGACGCCGACAUUCCAGGAAUUGGGGGUGAUAGAUGUUCACGCUUUAACGAUGAUGCUCAAGUGUGGUAUAUCCGCUGAGGUACGACUCGCCCUGGACACGCUGGCGACCGUAUCUGUGGAAUCUAGAUGGUCUCUUGCAUUGGAAAGUUGUGAAGAUUUGAUUGAGACAUUAGUAGAUGUUGCUGAGUCUCAGGUUGAGAUCUUAGGGGAACAUGCUGAGGAGAGCUCGGAAGCAAUUGCUGUUCCGGCUUACGAGGAUAUCGUGAGGGCUUGUAAAGCGGAGACUGUGGGGCUUAUUGAUGUCGCGCGGUUCGGGUCCUUGGAGCAUGAACUGGAAAAGUCGGCUGAUAAACUUAUUUGCAUUACUACGAUUUUUCGGAAUCUUUCGUUUUUUGAGUCGAAUCACAAGGCGCUUGCGGAUCCAAAUGUGGUUAGAUUUUUAUCGGGCGUUAUCGAAAGGCUGGGUACCAGUAAGCUAUUGUUGAGGACAAAUACCAACACCUUGGAUUUCAUGAAGGACAUCAUCAUCUUUCUGUCGAACCUUUCGCACUCAAUCACAUUGCCAAGUGAAGAUGAGGCGCUUAAUCUGUUGCAUUUGAUAUUGGCCUUCGCCCCUCAACCCCUACCAGCAGCAUCGGGGCGAGAUACCCUGAUGUUUACCUCCUACUCUCCUUCGAUCCAUCGCUAUCUGCCCCCCGCAGUAGACAGUUUGGCUAAGUUGCUUGCUCGGGAUGAGCCCAAUCGUGCCUUUUAUCGUACAAUAUUCCUUUCGGAGUCCUCGACAACACCUUCCUACGAUCUUCUCACUCGAUCAUUCGCCCUGGCAAUAUCUCCAAUUCCUGAUAACAUGAAGGUCGCGCUUCCCCAAGCCGUAGAGGCACGGAAACCUUUCUUAGAACAAGGAAUGCUUGCUGCUGAGAUUCUUGCUGGAAUUGCACCUGGCCCCGAUCAAGGCGUAGCCCGCUCCUGGUUAUCCUCCGAGGAUGGAUUUGCGCUCAGCCUACUGCGACUCGUCUGCUUGCUGAGUCCUCAAGUGACCCCAAUGCACCCCCGUCAGUCGGGCCAAACUGGAAAGAUGCCUAAUCUCGAUGAUUCGCAACCCUUUGCGAGAAUCACGCAUCGGGGCAUGGGUGUCUUACAAAAGCUGGCGGAAAAAUCUGGAGAUGCAGCUGGUGAUCAUUCGAAAAUACCUCUUGGAGUUUUACCGAAGAAGGAGAGUCUUUUGGGAGCAUUGUUGACGGUUCAGAUAGAUGGAGUUAUUGUCAAAAAGCUUUGUACUUAUGCCGGGUUAAAUGGUUGA